AUGAUAAUAUGCCAGUUGAUAGUCAAAUAUGAAGCAGCAAAUGUUUUUCUUGAAAUUUCAUCACAUCCAAUUUUAGGUACAUCUAUUCAUGAAUGUUGUGAAUUAACAAAUCAACAGCAAUCAUCACUUAUUCUUCCAACAUUAAAAAGAAAAGAAAAUGAACAAAUAACAUUACUUACUAGUCUAGCACAACUUGCAGCAUCAUCUCAAGUAUGGCAACAAUAUUUUCAUACUCAUCAUAAAAUUCAAGAUGCAAUUCUUUUCCCGGCUGCUGCUUAUCUUGAACUCGUAACAACUGCUUGUCAUCAAUUACUUCCCCCAAAAGAGGAUGAUCAACAACAACUAACACUUAUUUUUGAAGACGUAAACUUUAUUAAAGCACUUAUUCUUAAUGAACAUGAAUUGAUGGAAGUAUUUACACAAAUAAUUAUGCCAAUGCGUGAAUGGUAUAUUAUAUUUUGUAAUCAAGAUAAUCGUAAUAAAUAUUCAUUAAAUGAAUUUACUUUACAUGCACAAGUUCUAUUACCAGGUGUUGAAACAACAUUUCUUCCUGUACGUAUUCUAAAAUCUAUUUAUUCAAAUAAGAUAAAAGCAAAAAUGAAUCAAUCAACAAAUAUCGAAGUACGUGAAAAGUAUCAUGAUAAUAUAUGUGGUAUAGGUCAAGAAGGAACAUAUAGUCUUGAUCUAUGGAUAUUUCCAAUGAAUAAUAAAAUAGAAGAACCAGUAUUUACAUUUGAAAGUAUUGUUAUUCAACAAGUUCAAGGUGUACAGUCUGGUCGAUGGUCAAUGGAAAAAACAGUUUAUGACAAAUUAAAUCUAACAACUGAUUUACCUAAUACUGAUUAUAAAACAUAUUUAGAUACAAUUAUAAAAGAUUAUUGUAUGAAAAGAGUAUGGACUGAUUCACCAAUAAUAAAACAUAUAUCACAUUUACUUCCAUCACCUAAUCAAAUUCUUAAUAAUGAACUUAAUUCUAUUAGUAAUCAAGAUUCAAUUUAA